AUGGAUCCAUCAUGCAUGGCCGCCCCCUCAUCGUGUGAUGGAUUUGACACUAGUGAUGGAUUUGACACUAGUUUUGGUGAGACUGCCCGAUAUAACAAAAUUUUACUUUCACUGUCAACACAAGUAACGGCUAUGAAAAGAACGGAGUUGUCUAUGAUUGGUGUCUUUGUUGAUUACAGUGGCCAUGGGAGCUUCUCUGAGAAUCCCAAUCUCAAUAAUAUCGUGGGGCACACUUGCAUUCUUCCACUCUUGAUAAUAAGCCACAGGACUCACCAUCAAAAUCAUGGACAUGUUGAAAACGACGAAUCAUGGGUACCAUUGUCAGAGAAGGUCUACAAGAAUCUGGAUUUGUCAAUCAAAUUCCUCAGAUACAAAGUCCCUUUUCCCCUGUUUGCAUAUCCCCUGUAUCUGUGGUCUAGGAAUCCAGGGAAGAAAGGUUCACACUUCAAUCCUUACAGUGAUUUGUUCAAAAGUAGUGAGAGUUCCAACAACACCACCCCAGUGGAUAUUGGUGAGACAUGCUAG